GCAGUAGCACAGCUCUGCUGGAUGCCAGCACUGGGGGGUACCAACUACCUCCGGGGCACCAAGCACGCCUGGGAGCAUGGCUCGACACACCCGGAGGCCUGGGGGAAGGCCACCAGGCAUCUCUGCAGCACUUGUGCACAUCCUCCGCUGAGCUGGGGCCACCCAGCUCUGGCGGGAGACAGCAUGGACUCCAUGUAGCAUGACUACAGCAACACCUAGAAAUCCUAGGAAACUAACGGCCUCCUGCUGAUGUGCAUUACAGCUGCUGUCUACUGCUGGGGCUGGCUGUCAGUGGGGACAUUACGGGCCGGGGAAGCACCACAGGUCAGUGACUGCUGUUGUGGGACAGGACGCUCCUGCAAAGGAGCCUUUUGCUGAUGGUGGUGGCAGAAACCACGGAAUCCUCCGCUUCCAUCCAAAGGCAUCCCAAGCAGCAACUUCUGUUGGGUCUCCCUCUGGGAAAGGGGGAAACCUCCUCUGGGAAGCCCGGGCAGCUCUGCGAGGGCAUGCUCAUGGAGAGCCUUUCCCUUUCAGGAGCUGCCAGAGCAGUCUGCAGUGGAGACGAACCCCUUGCAGAACUCGCUUGCUUUGUUGAGGCAGCAAGUCCACAAGACGCAGCUUCUGUGGGAGCAGGUGGCUCGCCUGAGUGCCGAGAUCAGCAGUGUGAAGAAGGAAGUUCAGCAGCUGAGAGAGGCAAUGCCCGAGACCGCUCUGCAGGACUAUGCCCACAUGUCCGACAGGGCCCUCAGAAGCUCAGGUGCCACCAUCGACAUCCGGAGAACGUCCAAGAGCUACGAGGGGCCAGAGCAUGGGCUCUGCAGGGCUCUGUGGUUGCUCUGCUCUGCUGCAAACCCUCCACAAACAAUUCUGCAGCCAGACGUGACUCCCGGACAGUGCUGGCCUUUCCAAGGGUCUCGGGGGCAGGUGGUCAUUCGGAUGCCUGCACCCAUCCAGCCAACCGCUGUCACCGUGCAGCACAUCUACAAAGCAGUCUCUCCGUCCGGGACCGUCAGCAGCGCCCCCCGACAUUUCACUGUCUCGGGAGUGGACGAGGAGGCGGAAGAAGAAACUCUCCUUGGGACAUUCAUGUACGACGUGGAAAAAGAGGCCAUGCAGACCUUCCCUCUCAAGCAGGAGCUUUCCAGAGCCUUUCAAUACAUAAAACUUUUUGUGCGGAGCAACUGGGGAAACACGGAGUUCACCUGCAUUUACCGCGUGCAGGUUCACGGGAAGGUGGCGAGCCAGACCUCCUCUCCGCAACCCGAAGACAUGAGGAGACCUCUUCUUAAUAAGAAAUAAAAAGAGGAAAACAAGCAAAGGCAGGCCCAGGGACAUGGCAGGGUGCACUGUAACCGGAGGCCUGGGGUAACGGCAGCUGCCGAGGGAGCACCCGACCCGGGGUAGCGGCAGGACCGGGGCUACUGUCACGGACCCAGGGCAACAGCAGGGUGGGAAAAUGGCACGCGAGGUAACGCCAUGCUCCAGGGUAACAGCACGGCCCUUAUUUGACACAGCAGCCCGGGAGAGCAGCACGUCAGUGGAUAGCUCUAGAGCCGGGAUAACGGCAAGGCCUGGGGUGAUGGCAGUCCUGUGCAGCAGCAGCUUUGGGGUAACAGGAGCCCUGGGGUACCGGAAGCCCCACCUAACAACAGCCCCAGGUUAACAGCGGUGCCAGGUAACAGCAGCACCGGGGUAAUGGCAGCUGUGCUGCAACAGCAGCCCCAGGCUAAUGGCAGCCCUGAGGUAAAGGCACCCCCCCCUCAGAAAGCACCAAACUAUGCUGGGCAAGCGAAUGCCCCGCCACUCCCAGUAAGCCUAGCCCAGCUCCUCCAGCUUGGCAAAAGACAGCCAGAAGAGGGGCCAGACUUGAGGAGCA